AUGGUUGAGAUGGUGAUUUGCCGUAAAAAUUGGUUGCAUAGUAAGAAGGAACUUAUAGUAAUUCAUCAAUAUUUGGAUAAGUCUCUGGUUCCUCUCAAAUCUGAAAUCUCAAUUCCAGUGAAUCCAGAAUCCUCUGUUGUUGUCCAAAAUGCUCCAUCUUCAAUAAUUUGUUUCUCUAUUUCUCCAUUCAAAUCUCGAAUUCUCUAUCCUUUCGUCGAGGAAUUCAAUAGCUGGCAUAGUUCAGUUUUUGUGAUGUUAACUUACUUCAACAUGUUAUUCUCAUAUAACUUGGUUCUACCGUUAUGUGCUUUAAUUAUGUCCACUAGAAAAUUUGAAUCUGGAUAUUCUAAAAGAAAACAGCAUAAGAAGGUUGAACAAUUGAUUAAAUCUCAAGAGGGAGCCCUUGAUAAAUUUUUUAGUGGUAGUAAACAAAAACAUAAUGACGAUGUAGUUCUCGAAGAAAAGUUUAAUAAGAAUGAUAUCGACAAUAAUACAAUUGAAAAACAUCAUUGUCUGGUGAAUGAAGAGAUAUAUAUUGAGUAUGAUGUUAAGAAUGAAAGAAACAUCAAUGAAAAGAUUAGUGAACCGUUCUCCUUUGAUAUUAGUGAUCCAGCGAAUUGGGAAAAUAUGAAUCAGAAUUUAAGAGAUUUAAUCAUAAUGAAAGGUCCAGUAAGAGAUAAUGAUCUAUUCAAGAAUGAUGAGGUUCAAACUCAAUUGGCACAUGAUGGUGCAAAUGAUUGGAAAAAUAUUGGUGCAAAACUAAGAACACAUGAAGUGAGUUAUGACCAUAUCACUAACUUGAGUAGAUGGAUCGAAAUGGAAAUAAGAUUUCAAAAGGAACAAACAAUUGAUAAAAGUUUGCAGGAACAAAUCAAUAAGGAUAGAGAACAUUGGAGACAAGUAUUGUUGAGAAUAAUAUCCGUGGUUAGAACUCUUGCAUAA